AUGAGUACCAACAAAAUAGCUCAAAUACUUGCCAGCAGAUCCAAGCUAAAGGCCGGAAAUAAUCGAACCAAUGCCGGGAAUAUUACUGGGUUUGCAUACGGUCUGUUUGAUACGUUGAACAAACACUUCCAAGAUACGCUCCACAUAACGAAGGGGCGGUCUGCAGGCCUUCAGGGCGUGUACUUCGGAGCAUACCCCUUAGCAUCCUUAGGACUCGUACUGUAUGGUAUCGGUGCUCUUUGCAUGUGGCCGGCCGGACUGUACCAGUCGUUUGGUGGGUUCUGCGGUGCUACCCUCGUUAUCGGCAGUGGUCUCGGUACACUCGAAACCGCCGCGAACCCCUUCAUGGCGGUCUGUGGGCCUCCGAAAUAUUCAGAACUCCGGAUCAAUCUUGCCCAGGCUGUACAAGCUGUCGGUACGGUCGUCGGUCCCGUUCUGGGUUCGUACGUAUUCUUCAAAGAAACCCGUGACUCUGUCGACGCCCUUCGUAAUGUGCAGUGGGUUUAUCUGGCCAUUGGAAUCUUCGUCUUUUGCCUCGCCGCCGUCUUCUUCGUUUCGUGGAUUCCAGAGAUUACUGAUGCCGAUAUGCAAGAUCAGGCUGAAGAAACUCAUGCAGGCUCCAGUGAUAAGCCUUUUCACCAGCAGUAUAGGCUAUUCCAUGCUGCCGCUGCACAAUGGUGCUAUACUGGAGCCCAGGUUGCAAUCGCCGGUUACUUCAUCAACUAUGUAGUUGAAUCGCGACCAAGGACAGGCAACGCCAUGGCAUCGAAUUUCCUGGCAAUAGCACAAGGCUGUUUUGCUGUGGGACGCUUCAGCGGCGCCCUGAUCAUGCGGUUCAUUCGUCCACGCUGGGUUUUACUCGCCUAUAUUUGUGGCGUGCUGGCGUUUAAUUCGGCAUCCAUCACGUCCGAGGGCAAUGCUGUCAUGCUAAUGCUCACCUUGUUCUUCGAAUCCGUCUGUUUUCCGACCUUCGUCGCGCUCGGUAUUCGAGGUCUAGGACGGCACACCAAGCGCGGUACCGGUCAUGUGCCUCCGAUUCUUGGGGCCGUUGCCGAUGCCCGAACCACGCCGUUUGCCAUGGUCGUCCCUGUCCUGUUCUUUGUCGUACCGUUUUCAUACGCAAUAUGCGUGAACUUUCUUCCCGCUUAUCGGGACCCCGCGGACAAGAUCGGAGAGAGUGGCAUCAGAAUGCAGACAGAUGGGGGAGGGCAGCGACGGCAUAAUCGAAGGGUGAGUCUCGGAGAAGUUGUUGAGGAGGGUGUUGGUGGUCAUCGGAGCCAUCAGCCAUUCCGCCGCGGCGUCAUCGAGGUUCUGUAG